ACAUUUAAUCAGUUCUGGGAAUCACUCAACACAACAGAAGCUACCUCAUUUCCGAGCCAUAUCAUAAUACAACAAAUACAAUUUGAGUUGGCAUAUUUGACUAUGACGCUACGUCACUGGAAUUGGAUAGCCUGAGGAUUUGCGUCCUUUCUUGAUAUCCGCGCUAAAUGUCAGCCUAUAGCAGUUUACUCUCAGGCCAUGCCUAUCGUAAACUCCCCGGUGAAGAGAGGGUUGAUCAUUGCUCGGCUUCUCAUGUAACUUAUGGUGGUCUAAAUCUGCAUGGUGUGAUAGAGGUUUGAUCCUCUUAACGCUUAUUUAAAAGCUAACAAACUUUCAAGUAGUAUUUAUUGCUUUACCCAACGAAGCUAGUUCUGCUCGUGCACCAAAAUCAUUUCACGGUUCAGAUAAAAAGAGAUACAUCUUAAAGCUGCCAUUGGGAACAAUUCGAAACAUUGACCAGAAAUCCAACCAGGGAAAUAUUUCACUUCAUAUUGUUUGUAAAGAUAUCCGAGAACUAGUGUUCGCCUUCCCGGACUGUGGGCGAAGUCUUGGGUUCUGUGAAAAUCUUAAAGCAAACGCGUUUCCUGCUAUUUCCAAAAAAACACUGUUUGCUUAUUUAUAUGGAGCAAAGUGCAUUGCAAAUAGUGUUUUUGCAAUAGAUGGUUGGGAUGUGUAUAAUGCAGAAGAAGAAUAUCACCGCCAGAACAUUUUUACUAACGGCUGGAGGAUUACAAAAGUAAGUCUUAGUAUUUAUCCAUAAUCUUCGUGUGAAAAGGAAAACAUACCGUGUACUGUGGAAAAAGUACUCAAGAUUUAUAAACAGAUCACUACUAAUUGACUACCUAGGAUUUAUGCUUAACUCUACAGUUAUUUCACUACGUUGUAUUAAACUAUUUUUUUAUUAUCAUAACCAUACCAUAAUUUUUGAAAUUCCCUACUUUUUCACUACUUUUUUGUUGAUCAGAUUGUAUAUGUUUCCAGCUCGACUGUAUUUCUUAGAUCUGGUUAAGAUCUGUGCAUUAGCCAUAGUUACUACCUAAGGACACUAGAUGUGAUUAUGACAUCAAUUCUCUGUCAAUAUUGGUCUGUAAAACAAUUUUAUUCCUCUUAGUCCUCUAUUUCGUUCAGUCUUCCCUAUGUCAUAAGCACUACUGUUACAUUGACUUAUUUGCUGUAUAUCAUGAAUUUCUUCUCGAUGUGUAAAUGUGGUGGACUAGGUUAUGUCGAUGCAUAUUUGUACCAGGUCUUAUCCCGUUUUUGACUAAUUGAUGUUUACUCAGCAUCCAGCAUGUAUUAACACAACCCCCAAAACGUACUAAUUUAUACAACCACACAGAAAAAAGUAACGACGACUAUGAAGUAGAUCUGUGAGUAAAAGUGGUUGGAGUAUAAAUAAGUAAAUAAUAGCAGAAUGUCUGCAUUCCAGGUGUAGGGUAUUCUUUUUACAUAGUGAUUUGUCUAGAGUGGUUGAAACUAUCGAUACUUCACUUUAAAAUUCAUUAUCGAAAAGCUACAUUUAUACAUUAUUUUGUGCUUGCUUGGAAGGUUUCCGUCAUCAAAUUUGAGAACGCCUGCUUAUUGUUAUCACGAAACCACUUUGACUUCUAAAUACAACCUUCUUAAAUUGCUUACUGUUUCUUAUUCCUAAAUUACAGAUUAACAUGGAUUAUAGGUUGUGUGAUACUUACCCAGCUAUUUUAGCUGUUCCAUGGGAAGUAACUGAUGAACUUCUAGUCGCAUGUGCACCCCAUCGCAGCCGCGGUCGGAUACCUGUUUUAAGUUGGUUGCAUCCUGAAAGCAAAGCAAGUCUAACCAGAGCAAGUCAACCUCUUGUUGGUGUCCAGGGCCGCCGCAGCUCCGACGAUAAAGAACUUGUUCGUCAGCUCAGGAUAGCCAAUGCUAAUGCAAAUAACCUUUUGAUAUUUGAUGCUCGUCCACAGGUUAACGCAAUAGCUAAUAUGGGCGUUGGCGGAGGUGUUGAAAGUCCAGCUUAUUAUGAAAACGUUCAAUAUAUGUUCUUAAAUAUACAAAAUAUACACGCAAUGCGAGCUGCAUUGACAAAAGUUUUCGAGGCCUGUUUUCCAUUACCAGACGAUACACGAUGGUUUAAGCAACUGGCUGACUCUAAAUGGCUUUAUCAUAUUAAACAAAUUAUUUUCGCCGCAACCAGUGUAGCCGAUAAAAUUGAAAAUCAUAAAACAUCUGUGUUAAUACAUUGCUCAGACGGUUGGGACCGGACAACUCAAGUUACAUCUUUAGCAAUGUUGAUGCUAGAUCCGUACUACCGUACAAUACGCGGAUUUGAAGUAUUAGUCGAGAAAGAAUGGUGUUCUUUUGGGCACAAAUUCGCACAGCGCACAGGUGGACCUACCGAUGGUGGGAUUUAUUUGCCUCCCAACUCAUCAAGUUCUGUUGUUAAUGAAACUGGUGGAGGACGGCCAUCAAGUCCUGAGGAGCGUUCCCCAGUAUUUUUACAGUUCAUUGAUUGUGUGUGGCAGACGAUGCAGCAAUUUCCUCAUUCAUUUGAAUUCAACGAACGAUUUCUCAUAACAAUAAUGGAUGAGUUAUAUUCUGCGCGAUUCGGAACAUUUCUUUUCAAUUCAGAAAUGCAAGGACGCGACCAUGGUGUACGUGAAAGGACUAUUUCAUUGUGGGCAUAUAUCAAUGCAGAUAUCCAGUUGUAUCAAAACCCACUUUAUACUCCUGCUGAGAUCAGUGGUCAUCGUGUGAUUUUUCCUCAGCAUGCAUUAGCUCAGCUUCAAUUUUGGACAGCUUACUACAUAAGAUGGCAUCCACUCAUGCGUUUACAAGAGCCCAUAGCACGUCGAGAGAGAGCCUUAAUAUUGAUAAUGAAACGAUUCAGGGAACUUACAGCUGCCACGCAACGUGAAUGUGCUAAACCAACUCUCAAUAAUGUAUCUGAUAACUCAACACACAGUAGGUCCCAUUCAAAUAGUUCAAAGAUCUAAAAAUGUACCCUUUAGCAAAUAGCUGAUAAACAAUUUCUUAAUUCGCCAACUUCUAAGACACAAACAACCGAAAUGUGAUAUUAUCUUUUAUCUCUUUUUACAUAAUCUAAAAUUGAUUUUAACUCUUAAUACAAAACUGCUACUAGAG